CGCUCCGGGAUCUCAGACCCGCGGGUGCGCUCCGGGACCCGGGAUCCGCGGGUGCGCUCCGGGAAUCAGACCCGCGGGUGCGCUCCGGGACCGGCGCGGGUGAGCUCCGCGGGUGCGCUCCGGCUCCUGCGUUCCGCGGGUGCGCUCCGGCGCCUCGGCUCCGCUCCGGCCCCUCGGCUCCGCUCCAGCUCCUCGGCCCCGCUCCAGCCCUUCCACUGCGCUCCGGCCCCUCGGCGGUCUCGCAGGGGGUCCCCGCCGGUGCCAUCCCCGGUGCCGGGGGUCCCGGCGUCUCCGGCGCUACCCGUCGGGUGCGGGAUGUCCCCGCGGGCGCUGGAGCUGGCGCUGGUGCUGGCGCUGGCGGAGCUGCUUCUGGCCCUGGGGGCGGCCGAGGAGGGGGAAGCCGCCGUCGGGGCCGCCCCUCCGGGACCCGCUGCUUUCCAUCGCGCCGCCAAGGCGUCGUGGCGGCUGCCCGGGCGCUACGUGGUGAUGCUGCGGGCGGGCAGCGAGGCCGAGCUGCGGGGCACGGCCCGGCGGCUGCAGGCCCGGGCGGCUCGGCGGGGACACCUGGCAGAGCUGCUGCACGUCUUCCACCUGCUGCCCGCCUUCCUGGUGAGGAUGAGCAGCGACGUCCUGGACGCGGCGCUGAGGCUGCCGCACGUGAAGUACAUUGAGGAGGAUGCCUACGUCUUUGCUCAGAGCAUUCCCUGGAACCUGGGCAGGAUCGUGCCGCCACAGCCCGGCUCGGGUGCCUACAGCCCUCCCAAUAAAGGUGACCUGGCCGAGAUUUACCUGCUGGACAGCAGCGUGCAGAGCAGCCACCGGGAGAUCGAGGGCAGGGUGACUGUGACUGGCUUCGAGAGCAUCCCCGAGGAGGAUGGCACUCACUUCCACAGGCAGGCCAGCCAGUGUGACAGCCACGGGACCCACGUGGCCGGGGUGCUGAGCGGGCGCGACGCCGGCGUGGCCAGGGCCGCCAACAUCCGCAGCCUCCGGGUGCUGAACUGCCAGGGCAAGGGCACCGUCAGCGGCACCCUCAGGGCCCUGGAGUUCAUCGGGAGGGCUCCGGAGGCUCAGCCGCGGGUGGUGCUGCUGCCGCUGGCCGGCGCGCAGAGCCCCGCGCUGAACGCGGGCUGCCGGCGGCUGGCUCGGACGGGAGCGGUCGUGGUGGCGGCUGCCGGCAACUACAAGGACGAUGCCUGCCUCUACUCGCCUGCGUCCGAGCCGGAGGUCAUCACGGUCGGUGCCACCGACAGCGAGGACCAGCCCGCCUCCAUCGGCACCCUGGGCACCAACUUUGGCCGCUGCGUGGACCUGUUUGCCCCGGGGGACGACAUCGUCGGCGCCUGCAGCGACUGCAGCACGUGUUUCACUGCGCGGAGCGGCACGUCGCAGGCGGCCGCACACGUGGCAGGCAUCGCGGCCGUGCUGCUGAGCGCCGAGCCCCAGCUGAGCCCGGCCGAGCUCCGCCAGCGCCUCCUGCGCUUCUCCGCCAAGAUCGCCAUGGACACGGCGUGGAUCCCGGAGGAGCAGCGCCUCCAGACUCCCAGCAGCGUGGCAGGGCUGCCCACACGGCUGCCAGCAGAGGGGCAGCUGCUGUGCCGCUCGGUGUGGUCGGCGCGCUCGGGGCUCUCCCGGCCCGGCCCGGCCGUGGCUCGCUGCGCCGGCUCCGAGGAGAUGCUCGGCUGCUCCAGCUUCUCCCGCGGCGGCAGCCGGCUGGGGGAGCACGUGGAGGACGAGGACGGGCAGAAGCGGUGCGUGGCCCACGGCGCCUUCGGGGCCCGGGGGGUUCAUGCCAUCGCCCGGUGCUGCACGGUGCCCGGGACUGAGUGCCGGAUCAAGGCCAGCUCCGAGGGGGCCGAGUGCUCCCCGGGGGACCACGUGCUGACUGGGUGCAGUUUCCACUCCCCAUCCGUGGUGCUGGGUGCUGUUGGCAGGCCCGUGGAGAGGCUGGGGAGGGGGCCCAGCCGCUGUGCCAGCAGGACAGAGGUGAUGGCACAUGCCUUGUGCUGCCCCAGUGCCAGCCUCGAGUGCCGGCUGAAGGAGCACACGGCCCUGGAACACGAGAAGAAGGUGACAGUGUCCUGUGAGGAUGGCUGGACGCUGACGGGCUGUACUGCCCUGUCCCAGAGCCCUGGCUCCAGGGGAGCCUACGCCGAGGACAAUUCCUGCGUGGCAGCCGCUGGCCCUGGCAGCAGCUGGGCCGUGGCCGUCGCCGUUUGCUGCCGGAGCCGGCAGUAGGGACAGGCUGAGCUGGAGGGGUGGCUCCGGUGGCACAGCAGGGAUUGGAGGCCUUGCUGGCCUGGUGUGUCCCUGGCUCGGUGCCUUUCCAGGGUUUCCAGAGCAAUCCAUGCUCCGAUGUGCAGCUGAUGACCGAACUCGUCUCCCCCUCGCACACAGCGGGGUCAGGAUGCAGGGCCAGCCUCCAGGGUGGCUCUUCAAGAGCUCUCCAAGCAUCCCCCAUGCAGCAGGAGCUCUGAAUCCUUUCCCUGCCAUGGGAAUCCUUUCCCUGCCAUGUACUGGGAGUCGUCCCAGAAUCCUUUCCCUGCCAGAAUCCUUUCCCUGCCAUGUACUGGGUCUUCCUAUAAACACCUGGACAGAACAAGCCGUGGUGUUGUCACCCAACGUAGGAAAAAUCCACCACUUCUUAAAGAAAAAACUGUUGUGAGGAUCAGUCCUUCCUUUCCUGCUUAGUUGCUCAUUAGUUGUCAGCUAAUGCUGCUUAGCACCUGGAAAAUCUUAGUUUAGCCAUUUUGGGGCAGUUUUAUAAUUGCCUAAUCGUAUUCCUAGGAGAUUUCUUUACUUUUGAGUCAAGUGUAAGGGCUUUAGUUUAAACAGCCUGCUUAGUUAAUUAGAUUUUUUAUCUGCAUUGCUACAGUCAGCUACUGCUUCAUUAGUGCUUUUUUUGUUGUUGAGUCAAAGUUAAUGAUCUGCUGGUGUUACGUGUUAACAGUUUCAGGUCUUCCCAAGACACAUAGAACUGUAGGAAGCUGUAAUUCCUUUCAAAAAAAACCCAGAAUGAAGAAAAAGCUUUCAUAGCACCUUAGUUUUUACAUUUGUACCUUAAAUAUUUACUUGGGAGUUUUAUAAAUGAACAUUUUAUAAAUGUCUUUUUAAAAUAAAAUUCACAGCCCUGUGCUUUUGUGGUCCAUUGUCUGCCUUCAUAGACGUCCCCCUGGGGAACUGGUCUGGAGGAGGGAAGGGGGACCCAUCCAGCAGGGAUGCUGCUUUGUUAGUGAGCAGCC